CCGAUACUGGCCCUGUGAGUUCCAGGAAGUGAAGUCACUUACUCGAGGAAGCACAGACAAUCCAGAAACAACAUGUAUUCACCCAUUCCCCAGAGCGGCUCUCCCUUCCCGACGUCGGUGCAGAACCCAGGCCUGCACAUCUGGCGGGUGGAGAAGCUGAAGCCGGUGGCGGUGGCACCCGAAAACCAGGGUGUCUUCUUCGGAGACUCCUACCUCGUGCUGCACAACGGCCAGGAGGUCUCCCACCUGCACCUGUGGAUCGGUAGGCAGGCCAGCAUCAUCCCGGGACGAGCAGGGGCCUGCGCCAUGCUGGCCGUGCACCUCAACACCCUUCUAGGGGAGAGGCCGGUGCAGCACAGAGAGGUGCAAGGCAACGAGUCUGACAUCUUCAUGAGCUACUUCCCGGGCCUCAAGUACCAGGACGGCGGAGUGGAUUCGGCUUUUCACAAGACCGCCCCAGCGGCCACCCCCGAGGCCAUCAGGAAACUGUACCAGGUGAAGGGGAAGAAGAACAUUCGGGCCACUGAGCGGCCGCUGAGCUGGGACAGCUUCAACACCGGCGACUGCUUCAUCCUGGACCUGGGCCAGAGCAUCUUCACCUGGUGUGGGGGCAAGUCCAACAUCCUGGAACGCAACAAGGCUCGGGACCUGGCCAAUGCCAUCAGGGACAGCGAGCGGCAGGGGAAAGCCCGGGUGGAGAUUGUGGCUGAUGGCGAGGAGCCCCCUGAGAUGAUCCAGGUCCUGGGCUCUAAGCCCCUGCUGAAGGAAGGAAACCCCGAAGAAGACCUGACAGCUGACCAGACCAAUGCCCAGGCAGCAGCCCUAUACAAGGUGUCUGAUGCCACUGGGCAGAUGAACCUGACCAAAGUUGCUGAUGCCAGCCCCUUUGCAUUUGGACUGCUGGUGGCUGAUGACUGCUUUGUGCUGGACAAUGGGCAGUGUGGCAAGAUUUACAUCUGGAAAGGGCGCAAAGCGAAUGAGAAGGAAAGGCAGGCAGCCCUUCAAGUUGCCGAGGAUUUCAUCUCCCGCAUGAAAUACGCCCCAAACACUCAGGUGGAGAUCCUGCCUCAGGGCCGCGAGAGUCCCAUUUUUAAGCAAUUCUUCAAGGACUGGAAGUGAGAGCUGAAGCCACCUCAUCUGCUUCCUCUGGCUGCUGUAUGAGGUGCCUUGCCUUGGAGGUUCAAUAAAGAGACCAAAG